AUGGCUAACGAUAAUGAUGACUUUAAGAUGUGGGGGUCCGAAAAUGUCAAGAUAUUUUUAGAAAUAUUGGUGGACGGAAUUAAGAAAAAGGGUCCUUUUAUGUCAAAGAAAGAUAGGAGUUUUUUCCCAAGGCAGUGGCAAACAAUUGAUGAUGAGAUGACUAAAAAGGUUGGAAAAAAUUAUGGGCUAAAAAAAUUGAAGGGUAAGUUUGCACGUUUGAAGUUGAACUACAAAGAGUUUGUUGCGCUGAAAAACCACACGGGUUUGGGCUGGGAUCCAAUCACUCAAACAGUGACAGCCCCAAACGAUGUUUGGGAAAAUUAUGUUCAGGCACACCCAAAUGCAAAACAAUUCCAAACCAAAGGCCUUGAACAUUAUGAGCUCAUGUCAAAAAUAUUUGCCAAGUCAUUUGCCACUGGCGCUUUUGUCCGUUCUUCUCGUCAGGGUGCACCCACAUCUGAUGACGAACGAGAAAUGGAUGAACGCUUUCAUCCAUAUACGUCGGGAAAAGGCGUAGUAGAUAAAUCUUGCACUUCCGGAAGUAAGCGUAAGUCUAGUGGCCAGGGUCAGUCCAACAAGAACCCAAAAAUGGAUGAUGCACUGCAAUCAUGGCAAUGUUCAUGUGAAGCACGUGAACGAUUUUACCUUCAAGCAGAGGCCAACGCUGGGGCAGCUGGUGCGUACUCCGUUGCAGCAUGUAUGACCAUCCUAAAAUCAAUGGCCCUGGAUCCGAGCUUGUUUAUGAAGGCCAUGAACAUGUUCACAUCACUAGAAUGGCGAACCAUGUUUAUGACCAUGGAACCGGAAAUGAGGUACCUUGGAUCCUCAGUUUGUAAGAAGCUUGGUCAUCUCACUGUUCGGUUUGAGAUGUCGUCGUCACGACCCAAUGGAAGGCAACCGAACAAUAUGUAUGACCCGUACAGUGACGAUGACGAUGACGAUGAUGUGAUGGACUUACACAUG